CCCUCUGUACGUUGAGAAUACGCAACACGUCAUUUUCUUAAAUUAGCGCGAGAACUUUCUCCUCUAAACAUCUAAUUUUGUGAAGAAACGCCUCUUAUCAUGGCCGAUUCAUCCUCACCAGCUGAGCCUCCGCAGAACAGCGGCGACGACGUGUUGGAGCUGAACAAGGAUUUGGAGAGAAUGAUUGAGAACAUUGAAAGUAUAUCAGUGCAGCUGACUUGGAUGGCUUAUGACAUGGUGGCACUGCGGACCAGUCCCGAGCUGGGGGCCUCUAUGCGGAGACUGGAAGAAGAGUAUCACAGGUGCAGAGUUGUUGUCAGCGGAGACCGAGACCAGAAGCCAGAGAGACACAUGUCCUGAGCCUGCUGCUACAACACUAAAUCAAAUGUGAUGUCGUUAUUAGAUUUCAGUUUAUACGGACUUAGAUUAAGGGAUUGGUUUAUGUCAAUGGUUGUUAAAGCAGUUUAACAUUACAUUUUACUGUGUUCAAGUAAAUGCUAAAACACUAUGUUCAUUUUUAUUUUGCUAUGGAGAAGCAGGAGUUUGGAGGAAUCUGCAUCUGCCUUCUAUUUGCAUUAAAACAGGAUUUUUCAUUCAGUAAUGUAAACUGCAGUCCUACAGUAUGAUUGUAAUAAGUUGUUUGUAAAGUGGCCUGCAGAUAUUGUGUGUUAUGUAGUUACUAAAGUGGUUUGUUAAAUGCAAUAAAUAAAGACAAUUUUAAACAAGAA